UAUUCCAUGUCAAACUUUCACACAUGGAAUGUCAACUUCCUGCUUUCUGUUAAGUAAUGACAGCUCCAACCAGCCUGAAGAAACAACAACCAAACAGAGAUAUUGCAGCAUUUUUCUGCUGCCACUUGUGAGGGAGGAUGAAGUAAGAGGCAGGUCUUUACUGAGGAGAAGCUGGGGUAAAAAAAAAAAAAAAUGUCUCCGCUCCAACUCACACUGGGAUUCUGAGCUGCUGCUGCUGAUCCCUCUUUACUGGCAAACACAAGCGACAAAGGCAAGACGACAGGGGGAGAAAUGUACGUUCAGCUUCAGGUUUGUUUACAUCUUCUCUUAUAACCUGUUCCAGUUCUGUGGCCACACAUGGAUCCUGUCCAACACCAUCGCCAGGUUCCUGACUUUUGGCAAAGAUGCCAUAGCAGAUACAUUCCACUCUGUGGGCUUUGUGAUGAGCCUCUGCCAGCUGCUCUCCAUCCUCGAGCUUUUCCACAUCGCAGAUGGGAUUGAGAAAGCCAGACUCCUUCCUCGCUUCAUCCAAGUUACGGAGAAGAACCUCCUGCUGAUCCUGGUCAUCAUGUUGGAGGAGAUCCAGAGUGAACCAGUUGUGUGUGUCCAGUUCUUGUUGUGGAACAUCUUGGACCUUUUACGAUAUCCACAUGAGCUGCUGCGAGUCAUGGGCACACCGUCGGUCACCAUGCUGAGGACCCGCUACACACUCUGGAUCCCCCUGUAUGUCCUGUCAGUUGCCACAGAAGGUGUCACUUUGUACCAGGCCCUGCCUUUACUUGAGGCAGCAGGACCAAACUCAAUCCCCAUUCAUCCCCCCUUCAUCCUGCUGUUCUACCUGCCUGUUCUCGUUCUUGGAGCCACGGUGACCGUGUGGCAGCUCCUGAAGGAGAGACAGCGCCACCUGGAUAAGUUGAACAACAAGAUAAAAAGAAGAUGACACAUUUUAGACAAAGAACUGGAUGGGCACGGAGGAUUUUAGUCUCACAGUUUCUGUUCAGACCUGGUAUUUAACAUACAUCCAGAGAGAUUUGAUUACAAGUGGACAGUGUUGGGUGAGAACACUGUCCCUCUUCUGUUGUGUGGAUGUUCAACAUGCAAACGCACUGUUUGCAAGGACAUAAUUAUGUUUUAAUAGUAUGGCUGUGUACGACAUCCUGUGAUUGUGUGAGUUGUAUGAGAAAAAAUUAGUUGGGGGAAAAACAUGAAAUACCAUUUAAACCAAACGCGGUGGUGGCGACAAUUAACUCAAAAUAUGGUUGCUGAGAAGUGUAAAAACUGGAGCAGUUCAGAGUGCAUCACCUGAAGAGGCGAGGUCUAGUGAAUUCCAAAAAAUGCCAACUAUGAAUGUGUGACCCGAGGACGUACUCGGGAACUGGGUGCGUUCAGACUUGGACUGUACACUUGUGAUGAGAUCACUCAGGACUGAUGUUAAACAGGGUCAAAUAAACUUGAAAGUUGAGGACUUCAACAAAUCUGAA